CCAAAACAAACAUGGCGGCCAAAGUGUCAAAGACUUGGGUUGUCGAAUAUUCCGUUCGUUAUUCAUAACGCCAUUUCAGUGGGACUCAAAUAGUGAUACUUCAUUAUUGUGCCCUAAUUAAGAAGAUGGAAACCUAAUUGUGGUAACCAUGGACAUGACAACUCCCUCUCACAGUGACUUUUCUUCAGAGUUUUCUGAUUGGCAGUGUUUACCUGAUAACAUCUUACUGCACAUCUUCUCAUACCUUCCAGCCUCUGCAGUCCUGAAGGCUUCUGUCACUUGCAGAUGUUGGCUGAGAGUAAGCUAUGAUGAGUACUUGUGGAGAUCCUUAUUUUACCGACACUGGAAAAUUGACAGAUCGGUCUUCAUAGCUCCUGGUAGAUCAUCCUGGCUACAAGAGUACAAACGAUUAUAUUACCACACACCGGUCAUUGAGAGUGAGGUCAUCCGGCAGCAUAGUGAUCAGGUUCUCCAUGUCAGCUUUUCGCACAAUGGCAAAAUGUUUGCAACAUGUUCAAAGGACGGAUAUAUACGGGUGUGGAACGCUCUGUACCCUGUUACAUUAAAAUACAAGGAGGACAUGAAGAUGCUGACCUGGAAGUACACCCAGUUUUCACAGUUUAACGAAAGUGACUCUCUACUUCUAGUGUCAGGAGUCCAUUUUGGGGCUAACAGCACAUCAGGAGAGAUUGCUGUAUUCAGCCUCAAAGGUGAGUUUGAGCUGCAGGCACGUGUGAUAAACAAACCGUAUGAUGUGUUUGGGACAUGGUAUAAUGACCACUACCUGUUGUCUGGCAAUCUUCACUGGACAAGUCAGUUACAGUCGUGUUCUACACUCUGGCUGAACAAGGCAUCUCAAGAAACGGAGUCGGAACACGAGUCUGUGGUGAUGAGGCUCUACCGCUUCUACAACGUCAAUGCUAGCUCUAUCCGUACCAUAAUGGUAGCAGAUUAUGCAGAGGAAACAGAUUACAGUGGUGUCGAUGAGGUGGCUGAUGGUCAUGUGUCCAAGUGUACACAGGGAGCUAACAUGAUCGUGGACAAUAAUCUACGAAGUGAUGACAUUGUCAUUGAACAUCAAGAAUCUGUUGAAGAUCCCGACUAUGGAGAGCCACAAAAUGCACAGGGAGCGACAGGUGGCACUGUUCGCCAUGUCCAGAGUGUACAGGUAUAUGAAAAUGGUGCUUUUCAGAACAGAUUCAUUCAGUUGGAUGAAGACGAAAAUAAUGAUCGUCGCAAUGGGACAAUAGAGUAUGGUCAGGACUAUCGAAAAGCACAAGACAAGAUUCAGUUUGUCCUGGAUUCAGAACAGGCAGAAUCCAGUUCUGAUAAACAGUCGAAUUCCAUGGUAAAGGGUCAAUCCAAAAACACUAAGGUUUUGUGUAAUAAAGACAAUAAGAUUUCAAGAUCCAUAUCACCAAGCCAAAAUAUUUCCCCUCAAAGAGUGUCUGGUACCAUUACAACCCAACUAGAUGAUCUGGACACGUAUAGUGUGCUUGAUGCUAUGGUAACAACCAAUGUCGGUGACAGUCUGAUGACAAACACUAUGCCUGUUAACAGUGGCUGUAGCCAGCCUGAUAGUCAUUGCUGUGUAAAGUGCGAGGACAGUGUGGCUGAGUUUGAGGAGAGAGAGUGUGUGGGCGACAUGUUCCCAGAUGAAGAGGAUGAAGAUUACUGUCAGGACUUUUGCCACUCUGGAAUGUAUGUGGAUGGUUCCGUGUAUGGCGCUCCUUUACAGACUAAAUACUUGGCAACGAGGGAAGCCUCUACUGUCAGUAAUUCAACGAAGUAUUGUAUUGUGGCAAACAAUGAUACGGUUAGGUCUGAUAAUAAGAAAGAUUGCAAUAAACUUGAAUUGGAGAAAAAGACUCGCACAGUGAAGGAUAAGUACCUGGUGUUUACAAUGGGUUCAGAGACGUAUACACCACAUCAGAUAGGUAUCAAACGUAUCAAGUCACUGGCAAAAGUGGAGGGUUCUGACUCUGCACUGUGUCUCACGCCUAACACUAACGAACAGCCUUUUGACAUACCUUUGGAGGAUCAGCCAUACGACAGUGUGGACAAGAUUAUCGAUAUGCAUGGCCACAUCAUCGGAAUGUGCUUCUCGCCAGACAAUAGAUACCUCUAUGUAAACAAUCGACCCUGGCCUAAAAACUAUUGCAUAGAGAAUGCCCUCUACCCACCACCGAUAGCCCAGGAGAUUGACAUCCAUGUCAUCGACUUACUCAAGAUGAAGGAAGUCGGCACAAUGCAUAGAUCACACAAAGCCUACACACCCAAUGAUGAGUGCUUCUUUAUCUUCCUAGAUGUCUGCAAGGACUACGUGGCCAGUGGGGCUGAAGACCGACAUGGGUACAUAUGGGAUCGUCACUAUGGAGUGUGUCUGGCACGUUUCCCUCACACCGAUGUUGUCAACUCCGUGGCAUUUAAUCCUCGUGAUACGGAGACUCUCAUCACAGUCAGUGAUGACUGUUCGAUAAAGGUGUGGAGGUCACGGUCACGGGAACAUCAGGUCAAAGUGGACAAUUUACCAAGUCUGUGUACACAGUCCUAAAUUGUGUUUAUUCGCACCGACUUUCUUCUAAUACAGCUUAAUUUUAUUAAUUGCAUUUGUAUUAGGAGAUAUUCAGUUUUAAUUUAAUGGGUUUUUUUUUGUUGUUUUUUUUUUUGAUUAUAUAUCCGAUAACAAUAGCUUUAAAGUGUACCCUGAAUGAAAUUUGUUAUAUACUUAUAUCUGUUUCAUUUGUUCAUCAAAGACACAAGUCAAAUAUUGUAUCAAAAUCAGUCCAUCCAGGACCGAGAUAUUGACCCCUGAAGUGCAUGAUAUAUCACCUGUUGAUCUAAUGCUAAUCAGCAUACUAGUCACUCCUGUAGAAUAAGUUACAUAUAUAUCCUAUCAGAAGACUCCACAAUUAAAGAAAUUCUGAACAUGAUGGGUGCUGGAUAAAAUGCAUCUUAUAUACUGUAAACAAACGCAACUUUGAAAUACAAAGCAUACACGGAGGAGGGGGAGGUAUUUUUGCAAUCGACCCACCUUCGUUGGUACAAUAUAGUUUGAGAUAACACAAAUUGAUAUCAAUAUGAUAUGCAUUGGGAAAUUUUUGCAAUUAAAAAGAUUGCAUAAUUAGCGUAAAUUUCCCCCUUGUGUAAAUGUCCACGGUAACAAUAGUACGGCUAUAAUUACAUCAUUUCUGUAGGUAGUUCCUGUUUGACAAACCUGAGUCCCCCUGCUUGGUCGACUUUUUAAUGAAACAGCCCAAAGAGCUUUUCUGGUUGAAACGUCACAACUUUGACCACUAAUACGCUAUAUUUUAUAUGGCAGCAAGUGUGGUAGUUAGUAAUAAUUAUGCGGGGUCAGAUUGUGAACUGAAGUAAGAGGAAUUGGACUAUAGUGAAAAUGAUCUUUCAUGUUCAAAUUACUUUAUACUGUAUUUUAGAUUAACUGUAGAUAAGCGUUUUACAUGUGCUGAAGACCACCAUAUUCAGAUUUAAGCUGUUAAAUUUACCAUUUAUAAAUAAAGAAGUUAGAUUAAGAAUUGGUUUUGAGUGCUGUUACCUGUCACUGUUAUUUGUACAUGUAUCUCAGCCACAUUUUAAAGCCACAUACAGUGUACUCCCAAAGAAAUAUACAAAAAUGUUUACAUUUUGACCUCCUUACAGAUAUCUCACAAAUUAUCGCGAAUCAAAAACUGGAGGAAAAUGUAUAUUAAUGAAAGAAUAGGGGAAAUUCCGAAAAAAUAAUAACUGGUCUGACAGACCAAGUUUCUAUCCAAAUUAGUCCCACAAUGCAACGGCAGGGUUAUCAGUCAACAACAACAAUGGCGGAAUGCCGAAAAGCAUGUACCUGCCAAAACGCAGAUAUAUUCUGCCAAACAGGAAUUUAAAAGGGACUGGAAUCAGCAGAACCUCAGGAUUUCCUUAGAAGAAGAAUUGCUUCGUUCGAAGUUAGCAAGAGAAGAAAAGGAAAUAGACUCAAAUUCCGAUUUUGUCAGUCGUCUAUUGAAUUGCUGGUUAGCUUUUUCCGUGUGUUUCGUACAUUGUCAACUUUACCGAUCUGAUUUUUAUCGAUAUUUUGUUGUAUUGAUAUUGCUAUAUUCUAAAAUAAGUAUUUAGUUGGUUGUUUGUUUAUAGUGAUAAGUUAUUAAAAGAAUAUGAUGCUAAUAUGUUCAAAUGAAAGCAUUAAUAGGCAAGUUCACACAUACUCAAUAUGCAAACAACAGCCAUGUGUGUUGUUUAUGUUAAGAGUAUGUUACUGUAGCCUCGUUCUUGGCUCCGUGACAAAUCUUGCGAUAAAAAUAAAUGUGGCAAGUUAUUUUUGUACACUGAUGUCACAAGGAUUCCCCCGGUCAAGCAUCCAGUCCAACGGUUAUUUUAAUGUUAGGAAAGUGUGAAUAAGCAUCUGUGAUUGCCAUUAAUACAUGUGUAUAACUAGAAUUUUAGGUCAUUUGGGAGUAUGUGGCUUAAAUCUUUUAAUUAGUGUCAGCAUCGUUAUUUUGGCUUUGUAUUAUGAUAAUGCAGACAAAUUUUAUUGCACACACAUAUGAUAAUACAGGUAAAAUUUGCAGGGACCUUCUAUCAGAAAUCUGAAUUUGACCAAUCUUUUCGACAGACCCUGGACUCAUUAAUGUCCCUAUUACUAACAGUAACAGCUACAGUAGAGAUACAUCCAUGUAGUGUAACGGUAUGUGUGUGUGAUUUACGACCUGGAAGCUGUGGUAUGUUUGUUUUUUUCUCCCUGUAAUAGUUCAAAACGGCUACUGACUUUAUAGUGCUACCUCACCAAAGUAUACUGCCAAAGUAUGGAGGAGUAGCAAUAACCAUUUUAAAGACUCGGGUAUGUCUUGACCAGGGGACAACUAAAGGCUGAAAGUGAGGAAGUGUCAAGGGCGAAUGAGAAAGAUGAAAGCUGUUUAGAAAGAAGAUAAAAAAUAAAAAUCCCUGAUUUAGUUGCUUCUUAUGAACAUGCAAUGAGGGAAGCAGGUAUAAUUCUUAUGUUCUACCUGCAAAAGGGCAUUAAAAUAAAAGAUAUACAUUUGUACAUGUAGCUAAUAUGCUAAUCUUAUUUUGACUUUCAUGUUAAUUGAUCAUAAACAUUCUUCAUUUUAUGAUUGAUACUGCAAAGCAGAAUCAUAAUGUUAUAAAUUAUCUGUUUUAUAAAGGUAAAAUUACAACAAUAUAUUAUUUAAGAGUUUAUAUAACUUGCUGCAUGUUAGAAAGUGCUAAUUAAUGUUAGUUAAAUUAGCUCAGAAUGUCUGUUUUAGAAUAAUAUCAACUAGAAAUAGUUGACAUCUGCAAAGUAAUUAUCAUCACAACUUGGGACAGCUGUGGAUAGUGUUUUGACUGGACAUGCAUACUAAACGUGUCCCUCACUAUAACAGGUCAGCAGAGUUCUGAGAUGUACAGAUUUCAGUGCAGCUUUAGCACAAUUUGUAAAUUUCAACAGGAUGGUUUGGCACACCAAAACUAUUUUCCAUAGAAAUAGUUAGUACAGUAUAAGUGGUAUCAGCAUUAAGCACAAUGUUUCCAAUGAGAAAACCACAUUUUACCAGGUUACUGCGAGAAUACGUACAUUUACAGUACUGAACCUUUCACUUCAAGUGACCGACACUUCACAGCCUGUCCUCGCCAAACUGUUGUCUCUCACUGGUACAUGUACAGGUAACACUGUAUUAGCAAUAAAUAAGGGAUGGUCCAGAUACGUCGAAUGAUCAAAAUACAUAGUAAAUACAAUAGUUGACAUUUUGACAAUACAGAGGUUAGUUUACAGCUUGUAAGGCAUAUCACAUCAGUAUCUCAUUCUCAUCUCACGCUAAUUAUACACAUUCCGGGUCUAAUGUGUGCUGUAUGAUAGCUGUCAUGCUACAGAUUUUCCUUUUAACGUAGCCAAGAAACUCAAGAGUAUGCUUUAUGUGUUGCAAUUGGGCUUCAAUGAUCAAACUUUUGCCCUAGAUAUCUCUUCAUGUUCACAACAAGUAUGAGCAUAUAAUCAAUACAUUUUUGUGUCAGUACUUAUUUUCCUCCGAGUCUUCUGAGAUUUGUAUGGUAUUGGCUGAACAUUUCUUACUUUUUGGUACUUAAUUUGACAUACUUUAGUAUUCAGACAAUCUGGAGGAGUUUAUUAUGAUUUACAACAGUCUCUAACCAUAAGAAAAGACUUUAUUAUAGUACACAAGAUGAAAGUUGUAAUUCCUUUGUAACCUUGAAUAAAUUAUAAAUAUAUACAUCUCCUUGAAAAUUUAUGUGAACAUUGUCAGCACAUUUUAUUAGGGGGUUGGAGGGACUGGCAGAGGCCAGAAAAACUUGAUUCAUUUUUAGCUCACCUGGUACCGAUGAGAGAUAUGCAAGCCCUCUGGGCCUCUUGUUUUUAAUUUUAGAUCUUGCAGUGUAUGCUGUAGGAUAGAUUUUCAUUAUACAUAUACAUGUUUUAUACACCCUAAAUUGUAAAAGUGGAGAGAAUAGGUCAGGAGUUUCCCUUCUGCCUAGUGGUGGGGUGUUUGCCUGAUUUGCUUGAGAGCAAGAGGUUCGCUAAUUCAAAGCAGGGCACAGGUAAGGUAUUUUUUCAUUACUCCUUUAUAUCCUAUCACAAAAUAACAUGUGUAUGAAGUAGGGGGUUCUGUUUUAGUUGCUUUGAUUUUCCCACUAUGCAUGUGUCCUAAAUAUCUGGAGUGUAAGUGACCUUAUCAACCCUGGAUUACAUCUUAAUAUACUUUAUUAAUAUUUUCAGAUUUUUAGCCCAUCUGGUCAUCAGAUAGCCCGAGUUUUCUCUGUCUACACCAGACAUGGUGACAGGGCCAGAGAAAACUCAGGCUACUCAUCAGACAGUGGGCUCUUCAGAUCACCUUUCAUCUGCUGUCCUUGGUCCGUCUUCCGUCUGUAAACAAUCCUUGUUACCGCAAUUUCUUUCUAACAUUUCGUGUACAUGUAUAUGUUCCUCUUAGGCUGUAGAUGUACAUGUUACAUUUUGAGACUGAUCUAAAACAAAAUGGCUUACAUUCUGGUGUCUAUAUUUGAAUUUGAUAGACAAAGAUUGUUACCUCUGCUUCUUGAGAAGUACUCGAAGAAUUUAUGUCAGAUUUCAUACAUAGGUUUUUCUUGGUCCCUAUAAGUUGUGCAUGUUAAAUUUUGAUACUAAACGGAAAAUAAAAUGGCUCUUCAGACAGGUAGCUAUCUACUAUCUUGAUAGAUGAAGUUUGUAACCAUGGACAAUUAUGAGAAAUUAAUCAUACCAUUUCUGAGAAAUUAAUCAAGGAAUAUUUCCAAUAUAGCUUUUGUGGUUUCUUACUAGUUGUACACAUUCAAUAUUGGAACUUAAGAACAUAAAUACAGUAAUUUUUUUCACAUGUACCAAGAGGUAAACAUAGAGAGAUAGAGGAGGAAUUAGAGAAAAGAUCAGUCUUACAAAGAACAAAUAAACUUCCAAUGGUGGGCACCACAAUCCCUCUGAUGUCUUUUGUUGUGGCCAUUGAUUAAGAUUAAAGGGUUGAGUCACAGUUGGCCUUUUUAGAAAUAAGCUAGCUUAUGGCCAAGAUUUAUCAUAUAUGCUCCUAUUUAAAUGUAACGGUCAUCAGUUAUGAUUAAAUAUCACUCUUCAUUGCUUUGUAUCUCAUCAGUAAAUUACAGGUAAAGAUAUACAUUGUAUUACAUAUGUAUAAAGUAUUUCCUGUUCUGGUGUUGAAAAGUAUGGUAUCAUUGUUUUUGAGAAGUCUUCGGGCAGGUGAGCUAAAAAUAGAUUAAUACCAGAAAUGGUGUGUUGUUACCAAAUUUGUUGUUAAUUUUUCUUGUCCCUUUGGAAAAUAAAAUCAUGCUGAAACAAUUUCAA